AUGAAAAGCACGAUGCCAGUAGUCAUGAUGCUCACACUGCGUCUGAUGGGACUAAGAAGUGAGGACAGUAGCUUGCAGCCAGGACCUCCUCACCAAUGCCACAUCGAUGCCAAGACUGGCUCCUUCCGCUGUUUGAAUAAGGAUAUCACCAAGAUGCCCACCGACAUCCCCAAGAGCACAAUGUUUGUGGAAUUCAAGCUAACCCACCUCAGAAGCUUUACAGAGAAAGCCUUCUAUGAUUUACACAAUCUAACAAAAAUCGUCAUCAAAGAAAAUUGCAAGUUGGAACAAAUCCACGACUUUUCCUUUAACAACCUUUCCAAGCUGACAGAAAUAACAAUAACUAUUUCAAAACACCUUGUUGUCAUUCAGAGAAAGGCUUUCUGGAACCUGCCAAGGCUUCAAACACUAACAAUAUCCAACACUGGACUGAAAAAUCUGCCUGACUUCUCCUGGAUAAAUCCAGCUGUGGCUAGUGACAAGUUUCUGCUUGACCUGGAGGAUAACAUAUACCUCAAAGAAAUCCCAAGCAAUGCAUUUCGAGGACUGGGCAAUGGCAUCACUGUAGAAAUGAGGCUGGCUAGAAAUAAUAUCAACACAGUGCACAGCUUUGCUUUCAAUGGCACUAAACUGAUAUCGCUGAAUCUCAUGGGAAACAAAAACCUUAGUCACAUCCACAGAAAUGCCUUCUUGGGAGCUGAGGGUCCUAUCUUUCUAAACAUCUCGCAUACAAAGAUUGACUUCCUGCCGGACAGCAUGCUGGGCUCCAUUACAACGCUGGUCGCCACCUCUGUGCCGUCCCUGAAGAGGCUUCCCAGCCUGGAGCUCUUCACACGCCUCAAAGAAGCCACCCUCACAUACCCAAGCCACUGCUGCGCAUUCGCCAACUUCCACAUGAAUAGGUCAUCGACCAGAAAGCGACCAUCAGUGUGUGAUCAUCCUAACAUCUCAGCAAGCGAGCCCGUCUUCUGGCGCGAGCAAUGCCAGAGGCAGGAAAAGGUCAAGUGCUUACCCACGCCGGAUGAAUUCAACCCCUGCGAGGAUAUCAUGGGUCGCACCUACCUCCGCGUGCUCAUCUGGGUAAUCUGUGUCCUGGCCAUCGUGGGAAAUGCCGUGGUGCUCCUGGUGCUGCUCACCAGCCGCUACAAGCUGACCGUGCCGCGCUUCCUCAUGUGCCACCUGGCCUUCGCCGACCUCUGCAUGGGCGUCUACCUCAUGAUCAUCGCCUCUGUCGACAUCUACACGCGCUCGCACUACUACAACUACGGCAUCGAUUGGCAGACGGGCGUGGGCUGCCGGGUGGCGGGCUUCUUCACGGUGUUCGCCAGCGAGCUGUCCAUCUACACGCUGACCAUCAUCACACUGGAGCGCUGGCACACCAUCACCUACGCCAUGCAGCUGGAGCGUAAGCUGCGACUGCGCCACGCUGCAGCCAUGAUGGCCGGGGGGUGGGUGUUUGCCUGGCUGAUGGCGCUGCUCCCGGCGGUGGGCCUCUCUAGCAGCUACGUCAAGGUGAGCAUCUGUCUCCCCAUGGACGUGGAGACGGUGGAGUCCCAGAGUUACGUGGUGAUGGUGCUGCUGCUGAACGUGGUCGCCUUCCUUGGCGUGUGUGCCUGCUACUUGCGCAUCUACAAGACCGUCCACAACCCCCAGGCUCUGACGCCGCUCACCAGUGCCGCGGACACGCGGCUGGCCAAGCGCAUGGCCGUGCUCAUCUUCACCGACUUCCUGUGCAUGGCGCCCAUCUCCUUCUUUGCCAUCUCGGCGGCCCUCAAGUGGCCACUGAUCACCGUGUCCAACUCCAAGGUGCUGCUGGUGCUCUUCUACCCCAUCAACUCCUGCGCCAACCCCUUCCUCUACGCAUUCUUCACCAAGGCUUUCAAACGGGACUUCUUUGUCCUGGCCAGCCACUUUGGCUGCUUCAAAACGCAGGCGAGAAUCUACCGCACGGAAUCGUCAUCGGUCCAGACCAGCGUGUGGGUGCCCUCGCCAAGGUCCAGCGAAGGCACCAUAUACUCACUCGUCCACGUGGGACACCAACACUGAUCCCAGAGACACUAUGCUAUGAUCCAAACAAAUCACUUCGCAAGAGACUAAGAAAGUUUAAGGUUUUGGACUAUUAAGCAAAAUCCAUUCAGAUAGCUAAAUUGACUUAACAUUUUCUCUACACUAUGACUUUCAGAACAUCAUGAUGUCAGUGUGACAGAGGUGUUUCUGCACAGUUCGUUGCCUUCGGGGCGCGUACUUGUCACCUCGUCACUCACAUCGGUUCAGCAAUGGGAGUCACAGUACGAGCGCACUGAGCUAAAGGGCCGGUCUGACAGCCCAACGCUACCGCACUAUAUUGAGGCUUCGGGAGGGAGGUUUACUAACAUUCUAGGCCGAACUAUGCUAGUUGGCCUCUGUUACAUCAGUCCUUCCUUGUCUGUACAGGAUCCAUCGAAAGACAUGCAUGAGAGUUAAAGGGGCCAGUCUUGACCAAAUACAAUUUCGAGAGGGGGUUGACGAUUCGUCGACAAGUGGCACAUGCCAAUGAUUCUACGUUUUGUUAUGCUACUAUUACUAUGUUUAUCUUUUGAAUAUGUAAAUCACCUGAAUUGUAGUUGAAAUGUUGUUUUCUUUCCAUUUGCAUAGAUUAGCUUAGCCAAUGCAUAGGGAUCAGUAACCGUCUACAUUAACAUUUCUCCUUUCAUGACAUUGUAAAUACUGACAUUUUCCCUCUAAUGGGGUUUCCAUGUUUGUAAUGUCGAACUGUGCCUAUACCAAAAUCAUUCCUAACCCCUAACCUAUCAGAGAACGAAGUGUGUCUACCAAUCUAUGCACCUGUUGAACUGUGCUUAGAUCAAAACCCAUUCUUAACCAUAACCUGUCAGUGAAUGAUGUGUGUCCACCAAUUAUUUUUUUAGCGGAAAAGGCAUAGCCGUCUAUUGACAUGCCACUUCCGCAUGUCACAUAUCACUAAUUCAUCAAAACCAAUGUGUUGUUGAACACAUUAAAUUGAUGAAUGUUUCUGAACCGCAGUGCCUGUUACAGUGUCAUAGCUGCUAGUAAAAUCUCCAUGACUGUUUGUUGAAAAUGAUGUUCUUAAUAUUUGCAUUGUAUAUAGUGUACUUCUUAAAGUUAACUUUGAUUAAUGAAUCAAGAAAUUAUUGCCAAAAGGAUUGCUGCUACAAUAUCAGGACAACACA